UGUGUGUUGUGACUCGUGUUGUGGCCGUGACCCGGAAAACAAGGAGACGCCCUCCCGCGGCAGACAUGGAGGAGCUGAGCGCUGUUGGGGAGCAGGUGUUUGCCGCGGAAUGUAUCCUGAGCAAGAGGCUACGGAAGGGCACGGCUGAAUACUUGGUGAAGUGGAGAGGCUGGUCCUCCAAACAUAACAGUUGGGAACCAGAGGAGAAUAUUUUAGAUCCACGGCUUCUCUUGGCAUUCCAAAAAAGGGAGCAGGAAAAGGAGCUGCGGAACAGAAAGCGAGGCAAAAGACCAAGGGGAAGGCCACGUAAAAACGUGGAAAUGGAUAUUCCUUUAAAGGCAAAAUCCAGCAGCUCCUCUUCCUCCAGUUCUUCAUCCUCAUCAUCUUCCUCUUCCUCCUCGUCUGAUGACAGUGAUGCAGACACACAACAAUGCAACCCUCGUCCUCGAGAUUCUCACCCUGUCCCUCAGAAAAAAGCACCAGCAGUAUUGGCAAGACCAGAACUGAAGGAACCAGUUCGUAAGAAAAGGGGCCGGAAACCUCUGCCUCCUGAACAAAAGCUGCCCCGACGUGCAAAAGGGGCAAAACCUGGCCCAAAGGGUACCAUGAACAAAAUACAACUAGGACACAGCGUACAAGGAUUUCAAGCCCUUAAAACUCACUCCAAAGACAUGCAAGCUUCCAGUAACGAUAGACCUGGAGGACUAUCGGCAGAGUUACUCUCAAGUAUUGCAAAGAAUUCGCCCAGUCAGCCAAAUGGAAGCUCACCACGAAGCCUUAGCUGGCAAAGUUCUAUUGUCCAUUAUAUGAACCGUAUCAAUCAGAACAGUUCACAGCCUGGAAGGAAGCCAGCAAGCUCCACAUUCAAUGCAAAGAGGAGUUGUCUGGACUCAAAGAAUCUAUUCAAACCAAGAGGUGAAGUGGAGAUAAGCCCAGCCAUGGCAAAAACAUCUAAACUUCAUGAGAGUGAGGAACAAACUCAUUCCCACACAGCACAGUCGACUCCUGCAGUGGCAGCAGGCAGCAAUGAAAAUCCAAGUCGGACUGCUCCUGUGCAAAGUAAAACACAAGGCAUGCGUGUUGCUGCUUGCCCCACUGGUCAUAAUAACCAGAAAAGUAAUGGGUCUCCCUCAGGUGGAGUAACAACUAGCUGCAAAGGAGAUAAAAUUGGCAAGAAGACAGGAGCAGUUGGGCCUGCCAGGCCAGUUACAGGUCCCACAGCUCAUCCUGCAACAGAGAGAGCACAACCGACAGAGGGGGAAAGGGAUUUAGCAGAUCUGAGCACAGGUGAUGAUAGCAGCCUGGACUCUGAUCAUGACUCCUCACUCUCUAGUCAGGACAUGGCUGUUCAGGCGAGCCAAGACUGGAAGCCUGCCCGCAGCCUACUGGAGCAUGUUUUUGUGACUGAUGUCACUGCCAAUCUUAUCACAGUAACCGUCAAGGAGUCUCCUACCAGUGUUGGCUUUUUCAAUAUGCGCCACUUCUGAUAGUGGCAUUACCAAAAUGCAUCCCAUCUCAUACUAAACUAUCUAUAUAUAUAUAUAUAUAUAUAUAUAUAUAUAUAUAUAUAUAUAUAUAUAUAUAUAUAUAUAUAUAUAUAUAUAUAUAUAUAUAUAUAUAUAUAUAUAUAUAUAUAUAUAUAUAUAUAUCUCUCUCAUCUUCAGUAUGUUCCUCAAUUGUCACCUUGGCAUUGUUUUUAGUCCCCAUAAGAAAUUGAGGCACUGCGACACAACAGAAUAGGAUACCUGUAGUAUUGAGAAUUUGAACGUUCUUUACAUUGUUUUGGAAUUCUGGAAGCAGAUUUUUAUAAAUAUAUAUAUUUUUUUAUAUUUGUGCUCUGUUAAAGGGGACCCGUCACAUAAAAAGCUGUAUAAUAAAAGUCCUUUUCAAGCCAAAUUAUUAUUAUUAUUUUUUUUUUUAAACAUCCUUACCGGUUAUAAACUAGUUUAAAACUUUAAGCUGUUGAUCAUAUUGUUAAUCAUAUAGCAUAUAGACGGAGCAGGCAGUUACUUUCACUAUUCAUUCUGCACUUGCUAGAUUUCACUGCACUAUCCAUAUUCUCCCCAUCUCCUAACCAUCUAAUUGUGUAUGUGAGGGGUUAUCAGGUUCCCCGUUCUGGCACAUACUAGAUUUUGGCAUGAUGCAAUGCUUGUCUUAAUAACAGUGUUUACAAAAUGGCACCUGCCUGCUUGCUGUGGUUGUGAAUUCCAAGAUGAAAAAACCCAAAUAUUUAAUGUUUAUAGUGUAAAUAACGUUUAUUUUGCUUGGCUACCAUCGUAAAAUAGGACUUUGAAUUCUUUUUUAAGGUGAACGGUCCCCUUUUAAGCCCUAAUUGCCAAUUUUUUUGUAGUUAUAAGGAAGUCAUGGAGCAGGUUAACCUCAGUUUGGGGGUUAUCUAUUUGUAGAUAACAGGUGACAUGUCAAGUAGAUGUUACUUGCGCAUCUAGCACUGACUGAAUUAUUAAGGCAAUAUAAUGAGGAAGAAUAGUUUGACCGAUUUCUGUUCAUUCCUAUUUUAGUUUACAUAAAUAUUAGGAAAAAAAAUCUUUAGGUGAUUAAUACAAGUUUAAGUCACAAUGCCUUAAAAUAAUUAAAGAGAGUCACGUUGGCUUCUUGGGCUAUUUAAACCAAUGGUAUAUAGGGUAUGCGAUAAGCCAGCGUUACUCCAAAUAGUUAUGUGCCUUUCAAACUACCUAUUACAGGCUACUGUCCUCUAAACAAUCAGUGAUGAGGUUGGGAACAGAAACAUAAAUGAUGCAUUAUUUGCACUUCUACACACCAGUUGUUUUCAACCAAACUCUGGUGCCUGUUGGAAGGAGCAUCCAAAGUCCUUUAUUUUAAAAAGCAAUAACGUAAAAUUCCCUCAACUGAAGUCCAGUGCCUUAUACCAACAGAUAAGCAAUCAAAUUAUGCACACUUGAUCUUUUAAUGUUCUGGUUUUUGGGCUGACAGGCACUAUACUGAUCCGCCCUCUUACUAUAUAUGGUAAACUGCUUUCACCUGCACAAAAAAAGUGACCUUCUUAGUAUUUAAAUACAGACCUAAAACCCUCCCCAGCCCCACUUCUUUAUGCAGAAGUGGUGAAAUAAAAAAUAAUGUAUACUACUUGUUGAAUAGUUUGCUUGCAGUAUAUUUCAUGUUUUCGCUGCAGCUUUCCCCCAUUUGUCAGCAGUCGCUGAGGUGUCUUUGGUUCUGUACAGUGUUUUUAGUAGUGUCUGUUUUCACCCUUUAUUGUGUAUGUAUUCUGUACCAAUUACUAGGCUCUGCUCAAGAAGCUGCUGCAAAUCUCAUUUCCAAAUCCAGACAAAUUGCUUAAAAUGUUGUUUCAGCAAGCAAAUUAAGGGGCAAAUUUAUCAAGGGUCCAAUUGAAAAUUCAAAUUACGAGUUUUAUUUAAGUGUAAUUCGACUAGGGAAUAGUCCAAAUUUUAGUUUAAAUUUUUUUUUGGAAAUUCUAAUUGUACUGUCCCUUUAAGAAUUAGAAUUCGACUAUUAUCCAUCUAAAACAUGCCUAAUUGGUGUUUUAACCUACGUGGGACCUCCGACAAUCAAUGUGGAGUUGUUUGGUGGACUCUUAAUUUUUUUUUUUAUUUCUAUUCGAGUUUGCAGGUUGAGCCUAUUCACCCAAAUUUAUAAAAUUUAAAUUUUUAAAUACAUUUCGAUGGGUAAUUUAUUUCCAAAUUUGAGUUUAUGGGAGUUUUUAUAAACUAUGGGAGUUUUUAUAAACUGCCAUAAACUCUUAAGUUCGACCCUUGAUAAAUAUACCCCUAAGUGUUUGAUUUUUAACUGAUGGACAGGCAGAACAUUUACAUGUACUUCAUUUGUUUCUCUCUUUGCAGAUAACAAAUUACAAAUGGAGCAAAUAGAAUGAAACCUCUGAUACACGCCACAACCUAACUUUGUCAUUUACUGUGUACAGCAGCAUUUUUACUGCUGGUGUUAGAAUAUACCACAUAUCGUCACUUUAACGCCAUGUAAAAUCAAGUGUACUUAUAAAAUCCUGGGGUAAAAAACAUUUUUAGUUCUGAUUUUGUUCCACUGACUUUAAGACUGAGAUGGUUUGAAAUAAUGUAAACAUCUUGAUGGACUAAAUCAUCAGUAGGAAGAACAACAGCUUUAUAAAUACGUUUUUGAUUUCACAUUGCAAAAUUUUGAUUUUCAUAAGCAAAAUAUGCUGUUUUCAGCACUAAACUUUGCUUUUCUUUCUACCAGCAUGGAAAUAGGCUGUCCAUAGCUACCCAUUUAUAUGUAAUAUUCUUAGGGCAAAAAAAAAAAAAAAAACCUCUUUCUAGUGUCAAUUGUGUUAGUAAUAGUUGGAACUUUAAAUCAGUAAAUAGAAGAAAAUAUAUUUUUUUACAAUGCUUUUAAACAGCGCUGAUGGUGCUGACUGUUCAUUCUUCUUUUUUACCUUUAUUUUAUUUGAUAUAUAUUUUAAUAUUUUUAAUAACUUCUCACCUAUUGUGGUUUAAAAAUACUGCUUAUAGAUUUCUAGGCAGCUUUUAAUUUAUUACUUGCAUAAAACACUAGAAAACUUUGCUAUAUAACUGGAACUUUUGUACAUGGUUUCUUUUUGUAUUGUGUAGCAUAGCAAUAAAUAUUUUUGUAACCCUUUCAA